GCAAUUCGUAGAACUCCGGCCCCCGAAACAGAUUUUGCCACAACAACUCCUAAAUCUGCCCUGGGAAAUGUUGGAGCAAUUCGUCAAACACCAGCCCCUGACAUCGGUGUUGCUACUACUACUCCUGCUUCGGCUUUGGAAAACAUUGGUGUACGUUGGCUUGCUUUAAUUUCGAAAAAUGAUGCUAUCCAACAACCUAAACCCGUUCAUCCACAUACAGCAACAACUACGGGAGGAGUAAUGAAAGAAAAUGUUGCUCAAGUCAACUUACCUACUGCUCCUCCGGACAAGCAACAGUUUACGAAGUCAACCGUGCCCAUAGACAGGAUAGAGGACAUUGUCGUUCCUAAACGCCCUCCACACACUACCGCAGAAGUUUCACAAACGGUUUCCGAUGAAGGAUUUGUACGGCAUGUCGAUCAGGACUUUGCUCCGACGCAGAUUGUCACAACAGAAAGGACUGUCGUUGGUGGAGUUGCCCUGGAGGAAGGAGUGAGUUUGAUUACAUUGAAGAUUUAA